AUGGUGAUCAAGCUCCUGGGAUUCACGCUGAAAGAAUGGCUCCACGGGCCGGGGAACCAGAGGAUGGGUGAGAUGGCGAAGCCCUCCGUUCGGGGGGUGGUUGAGCCUGGCUUUGGAGAUAGCCCAAGCAACAUCUUCUUGGACGGUGCGACGAAUGUUGGGAUGGUGAUUAGCCCUCACUUGCUAGGCGAGUAUGCAUAUACUCUGGCUAUUGGGGGCAUAAAUUACACCAUUACAAAUGUUGAAGAAUUGGGUAAAUGGAUGAAGGACUGUUUGGAAAACCAUCCCAUGUUUGAAGCACUGACGGAUGAAGAACUCGUGAACGAUCCGGUGGUGAAGCUAUUGACCAGCGUGACCGAGGAAGGCCAAAAUGUUGCCAGGAAUGGUGGGCAGACAUUUCAAGCAAUAUGCAGAUGCAUUGCCCCAUCUCUAUGA